AUGAGAUAUUUUAAUCUAAACAGUAAUAAUUUAACUGGGUCUCUUCCCGAGAGUAUCAGGGAACUCUCUAGCCUCGAAGAAUUGCAUCUCCGUCGGAAUUCUAUGAUUGGUGUCAUCAGAGAAUCCCACUUUCGGAACCCCUCUCAUUUACAAAUACUGAGACCUAAUGGUGGUAAUCAUUUUUCCAUGAAACUCAACUCCGAUUGGAAUCCACCAUUUCAACUUAUUGGUAUGUUAGACAUUUCCUAUUGCAACGUGGGCCCAAAUUUUCCUAAGUGGAUUAUAACGCAGACAAAUAUCUCUGAGCUUGAUCUCUCUAAUGCCGGGAUAUCAGGAUCAUUACGUCAUAAUUUUGGGGAUCUACUUCCAACUGGCUUAGAAACUAUAGUUCUCUCUACCGACCAAAUCCAUGGGAAAACACCGAAUCUGUCAACAACAAGAUUGAUUCAUGUUUACUUGUCUACUGAUCGGUUUGCUGGUGCGGAGCCAUUGUUUCCUCCGACACUCCAGGUGGUGGAUCUCUCGCAUAACAUGUUUUCUGAGCCCUUGUCUUCCAUCUGCGCAUCUUCCUUCGGGGCUCAUAGUUCAUUGAAUAAAUUAUCUGGGAAACUACCGAGCUCAUUAGGAAAUUUGGUGGGGAUUUUUGUAUUGCGUUUGCAUGAAAACAACUUUUCAAGAGAAUUGCCUUCUUUAGAGAACUGUACUGAUUUACAGAUGGUUGACCUGGGUGACAAUAACUUGUCCGGAAUAGAAAUUGAGUUUGGGAGAAAUCUUGAGGGUAUGAGGAGCAUUGACAUGUCUAGCAAUUAUUUGGUUGGCGAAAUUUCGGAGAGUAUAGCUAGUAUGACCGAGUUGAAAUCCCUCAACUUGUCAAGAAACCAUUUGACGGGAAAGCUUCCUGAAGACUUUGGUAACAUGAAGAAUUUGGAGUCUCUUGAUCUGUCAAGAAAUUAUUUUAUUCCCGCAAGUUUUUCAAGAUUUAACAUUUCUUGA